GUAGACUCUGUGCCCAUUUCGAGUGUUUCGUCUGAAACAUUGAAACCGUUCUGAACGGUAACUCACUUCGUCUGAAACAUUGAAUUUCACUUGGUCUGGUUGAUUAAUGCGGUACGUGAAGCCGUUGAACUUGUUCCAUGAUUUGCUCACGUCAACAGCUGUAAAACGGGGUCGUUUGCUUGGUCUGGAUGUUGGUGAUGAGUAUGUUGGACUUGCUGUUUCAGACACUCACAAUAAGAUAGCUUCACCUCUAAGUGUUCUGCUAAGGAAGAAAUCAAAUAUUUAUCUAAUGGUUAGUGACUUUCAAAGUCUGAUCUCUGAACUUUCUCUGGUGGGCUUUGUUGUUGGCUGCCCUUUCGACAGACGAAGAAGUGCUCCUGAUGCUGUGCAAGUGAAGCUUUUCAUUGAUGAUCUCUGUAAAACGGGGAAACUCAAAGGUUUGAACUACACGUAUUGGGAUGAGAGUUUUACAUCUAAGAAUGUGGAAUUACUGUUAAAACCUUUGAAUUUACAUCCAGUCCAGUCAAAGACAGUAAUUGACAAGUUUGCUGCUGUGGGAAUACUCCAGUUAGUUUGAAGGUAUUUUCAGAGCAGUUAUUCUGAAUUCAGAGCUGUCUCAUAUGCUGGCAUUUUGGGCAGGGAUACCUGGAUUAUGUUAACAGGAAGAUGAAGUUGGAAGCAGCAGAGUUAGAUGUCUCUAAAUGGAUGUAAAUUGCUUGUUAUUCAUGUACAUAACAGGACUGUUUAAUGAAUGUUGUACUCACAAGUCACAACAUAGAUGUACCUCUGUUUUUGAGUUUCACAAUUCUCUUAGCUUUGCAUUAUAAUUUUUCGAA